CCGGAAGUGUUUCUUUAAUGUUGCUCACAAGACGCUGAUCGUUUUGGUGCGUUUUGUUAUUUUGGGAUCUAACCACGGCAUUAUUAUGAGAAUAUAGCUAACACGUUUUGGACUCCUUCGUACAUAGUCAAUCGUCUAUACUUCCGCUAUACUAGCUGGUCUAGUACAGCUGUGUAAUAACGUCUACUAACACGGUCUGUCAAUGGGUGGAAAGAAGAAGAAAUCCACCACCCCUUCAGUCCCACCGGCAGCAGGAGGCAACAACAAUGUUCCUGCAGCUGGAACCGGCGUGGCAGACCCUGCAACCGCUGGAAAGAAGCAGAAGCCAACUCCUGCAAAGGCUGCUGUGAAAGAAAACAAACCAAAAGGUCCAAAGACCUACAGCCUCACAAACACAGCACAGGUGGACGUAGGAGGAGUCACUGACAAGUCGAUCCUCAAAGUUGUCAUUCAAACAGACCUGGAGAAAAAAAUCAUCAAACUGAUCAAUGAUUUCAGGCAAGAGAAUGGAGAUAAAGGUCCAAUAUCAGGAAGACUCACUAAUAAGAAACUGCUGGAUCUCUACACAGCUCUGCAGAAGUUCAAGUUUAAGACUGAACACAUUGAGGAAGCCAUGAAAAGCAGUAUUCUGUACGGAGGAGAUCUACACUCUGCCCUCGACUGGCUUUGUCUGAACCUGAGAGAUGAGGAACUGCCAGCUGGUUUCAGUCAAAAGAUGCAGGAAGAGAAGCAUAAGACCAAAACCAAGUUCCAGCCUCCACCCCAAGCACCCAAACCUGAGCCUCCUAAAGAGCCAGAGAAAGAACUAGCGAAGGCUCCUGUGAAAGAUGAAGGUGCCAGCAUGAAGGAGUGGAUUCUUCGAUAUGCAGAGCAGUCCAGCGAGGAGAGCAGCGAGGAGGCGGAUGAGCAGAGUGGGAAGAGUGUGCGAAACCCAGAACUGGACGAGAAGUUUGACCCGAACGACAGGUACCUGGUGCUCACUGCACAGCUGUAUGAUGCCAAGGAGAUGGCAGCAACAGCCAAGACCAAGAAAGACAAAGCUGGACAGAGGAUUGCACAGGACCGAAUCAGAAUCAUACAGCAAGAAAUGAAGCCGCUGGAAUCCCAUCCUAUGUUCAACAAAGCGAUUAUAGUAGUAGACACACCCAAAGAGGAGAAGAAACCACCCCCACCUACCGGCACCACUGAGGAGAAGGAGGAACUGGCGUUCGGCUUGUUUGAACAGGCAGAAAAGGAAAAGCCCCCUCCUGCAGAAAAGACAUCGAAAAAGAAUGAGCCCAAAGACAUCCGUAAUUUUGACUACACGGCUCGCAGUUGGACCGGCAAGUCUCCUAAACAGUUUCUGAUUGACUGGGUCAGGAAGAAUCUACCGAAAAGCCCCGCCCCCUCCUUCCAGAAGGUUCCCGCGGGGAGAUACUGGAAAUGCAAGGUUCGCGUUCAGAGGCCGGAUGACGUGUUGGAAGUGUGUCCCACUAUCCUGACGGAGGACGGCAUGCAGGCUCAGCACCUGGGGGCCACUCUGGCCCUCUACAACCUGUGUAAAGGACAGUCAGUACACAUGUUGAUCCCGCCCACGUACCGGGAGGUGUGGCUGGAGUGGCGGGACAGCGAGCAGGCCGAGGUGGAGGAGCUCCGCACGGCCUUCAACAAACCCAGAGACCAGUUCAUAGCCCGGCUGCUGAGCCGGCUGAAGGAGCCCCAGAAGGAGUGCCCGCCCCCCCGCCCGGGGAGGCAGGAGCCCGGGGACGAGCCCGAAGACGACUGGGAGAGCCUGGCAAACCUGGCGGAAGAGGUGGACCCGGGGAAAACGCUGACCCCCAGGGAGGGAGGCGGGGGGGCGGCGGAGGCAGCAGCCCGCACCCUUCUUCUUCAGCUCCGCGGCUCCUCGCUGUCCCUGCGUUUACAGGCGGAGAGAAAGCAGCUCCCGGUUUUCCAGCACCGCUCACGGGUCAUGGAGGCUCUGCGGCGCCACCGUGUGGUGGUAGUGGCGGGGGAGACGGGGAGCGGGAAGAGCACCCAGAUCCCCCAGUUCAUCCUGGAGGAGCUGCUGGCUGGGGGAGCGGUGGCCCAGCCCUGCAACAUAGUGGUCACCCAGCCGCGCCGGAUCUCCGCCAUGAGCCUGGCCAGCAGGGUGACCCAAGAGCUGGGCAGCGACGACGGACCCGGGGCCAAGUCAUCGCUGUGCGGGUACCAGAUCCGUAUGGAGAACAAGUCGAGCGACUCGACCCGUCUGCUGUACUGCACCACCGGAGUUCUCCUGAGGAAGCUUCAGCAGGACCGCAUGCUCAGCUCUCUGACCCACAUCAUUGUGGACGAGGUCCACGAACGUAGUGUUCAGUCCGAUUUCCUCCUGACCAUCCUGAAGGACGUUGUCCAGAAGAGGUCUGACCUGCACCUGGUCAUGAUGAGCGCCACAGUGGACUGUGAUAAGUUUUCUGCCUACUUCAACCGCUGUCCCAUAGUCACCAUCCCAGGAAGGACUUUCCCCGUUGAGGUGUUCCACCUAGAGGACAUAGUGGAGGAGACGGGCUAUGUUCUGGAGAAGGACUCUGAGUACAGUCAGAAGAUCCUGGAGGAAGAAGAGGAAGUCAACAUCAGCUUCACUCAGAAAGGAGGCAAGAGCCUGCAGCACCAGGAUUUCAUAGUGAAAGACUCAGGCGCUGGCUGGGACCUGGGUCCUGACCUGGACCACUUCAGCAGUCGGACCCGCCAUGCGCUUCAGUACAUGAACCCAAACAAGAUCAACAUGGAACUGGUCCUGGACCUGCUCAACUACUUGGAUAAGUCUCCUCAAUUUGCAGAGGUGGACGGAGCAGUUCUUGUGUUCCUCCCUGGUUUGGCACACAUUCAACAACUUUAUGAUCUGCUCUCCACCGACAAGAGGUUUUGCAGCAAAGACAGGUACAAACUGGUAGCACUUCACUCGACACUGUCAUCUAAGGACCAGUCUGCUGCGUUUACACUGCCCCCUGCUGGAGUUAGGAAGAUUGUGCUGUCCACAAACAUAGCGGAGACUGGAGUCACCAUUCCUGACGUUGUGUUUGUCAUCGACACUGGAAAGACGAAAGAGAACAAGUAUCACGAGAGCAGCCAGAUGAGUUCCCUGGUGGAGACGUUCGUCAGCAAGGCCAGCGCCCUCCAGAGGCAAGGCCGGGCGGGACGGGUACGGAGCGGCUUCUGCUUCCGCCUCUACCCCAAAUUCCGGUUUCAAGCCUUCGCGGAUUACUCCGUACCGGAGAUACUGAGGGUCCCACUGGAGGAGCUGUGCCUUCAUAUCAUGAAGUGCGAGUAUGGCUCUCCCGAAGAUUUCCUGUGCCGAGCCCUGGACGCGCCCCAGCCCCAGUCGGUGAGUAAUGCCGUGAGCCUCCUCCGAAAGAUCGGGGCAUGCACACCAGAAGGCCACGCCCUCACCCCGCUGGGCCAGCACCUCGCCACCCUGCCCGUCAACGUCAAGAUCGGAAAGAUGCUCAUCUUCGGCACCAUCUUGGGCUGCCUGGACCCAGUUGCCACUAUAGCCGCGGCAAUCUCGGAGAAGUCCCCCUUCGCCACCCCUAUGAACCAGAAGGAGCAGGCCAACUUGGCCAAGGCAGCCCUGGCUGUAGCCAACUCUGACCACCUGACCAUCUACAACGCUUACCUGGGGUGGAAGAAUGUACGCAGUGACGGAUAUAGAGCGGAAAUGGCCUACUGCAGGAAAUACUUCCUGAAUCGCACUGCCCUUAUUACCAUAGAGGACAUAAAACAGGAACUAAUGAGGAUGAUGGACCAGGCUGGAUUCACUGGUUCCUCCAGAUCCGGUCGCGGACCACCUUCCCGGAACUGGUCUGAUCCCAGGGGGCCCCAGGCUCCCCUCUCCCCCCUGGGUAAGCCCCAGAUCUGUGUUCUGAAUGCCGCGCUAACGGCGGGCCUGUACGACAGCGUGGGCCGGAUCCUUUACACGCCCUCCGUGGACGUGUUGGACCGGGUGGCCUGUUCCGUGGAAACGGCCCAGGGGAAGGCCCAGGUCCACCCUUCCUCAGUCAACCGCUGCCUGCAGACACACGGCUGGAUGCUCUUCCAGGAGAAGGUGAAAUACUCUAAAAUCUACCUGCGGGACACAACCCUGAUCUCUCCGUUCCCCAUGUUGCUGUUUGGAGGGGACAUCGACGUUCAGCACCGCGAACGACUCAUCUCUUUAGAUGGUUGGAUACACUUCCAGGCCCCAGUGAGGAUUGGAGUGAUCUUCAAGCACCUGAGGAAACUUAUUGAUUCAGUUCUAGAGAAAAAGCUGAAGAACCCUAGGAUGAAUCUAGAAGAUGAGAAGACCAUACAGUUGAUAAUAGAACUGAUCAAAAUGGAGAAUGUCUUCUGAGCACUGUAAACUUGAUCUCUGAAUCAUAAUUGGUUGUCCUUUGAAUAGACAGGACAUAUUCCAUAUGUCAUUGUAAAACACCAUGUAAAUCAUGAGACAAAGAAACAUUUCUUAUACAUUGUUAACAAAAACAGUUGCCAAAUUUAAAAUAAAGCUAUCAUUUGUGUUGAUGGCUAUUUCAUGUUGAAUAUCCGUUUUAGGAAAAUAAACAUUUUCAAUUGUA